AUGGGCUUCGAGAGGCUUGUACGAUUCAUCCCGCGCGGGGAAGUCGACCGGGUGCUUAUUGGAGAACCUAUCAUGAGUAACUGGGAUAUAGGAAAUGCCGUACGCGAAGGCGAUACUGUACAGGUCUGGGUGUUUAGUGGAACUUCUGUCUUAGAUCCCGGGGAGCCAAACGGCAAGAUCGAGAUCAUCGGCCGCCUCUUAUCGCCGGUGUCUGCGGCAGAGGUCGGGACUAUCAGAUGUAUCGGGCUGAAUUAUGUAUCACACGCCAAAGAAGCGAAUAUGAAGGUUCCGGACGUACCUCUGUUGUUCAUGAAGCCGGCUACGGCAUUGGCAGAUCCCUGGCCUGCACGUAUCAUCAUCCCGAAGCACACGUUAAAGGAUGACAGUGCGGACUACGAAGCUGAGCUUGCAAUCGUAAUCGGGAAGACAUGUAAGAAUGUGAGUGAGUCGGAGGCGCUGGACUAUGUUCUCGGCUAUACGGCCGCCAACGACGUAUCUAGCAGGGUGGCACAGUUGGCACAGAGCCAAGCGUGCUAUUCCAAGGGCUUCGACAGCGCCUGUCCGCUAGGCCCGGUCCUUGUCUCAGCAGCAGUGAUGCCCGAUCCUAGCACUUUCACCAUUCGAGGGUUAAAGAAUGGUGAAGUGGUGCAGAGCUCCAGUCUAAGUUCAUCCAGUGAUAUGGUCUUCAACUGCGCGAAGCUGGUGAGCUUCGUAUCGCAGGGGACCACGCUACCUGCAGGGACCGUCAUCAUUACGGGAACGCCUGCAGGAGUAGGCUUCGGGAAGGUGCCACCCGAUUAUCUUCACGAUGGCGACGAGUUCGUGGUGGAGAUAUGGCCUCAUAUUGGAAGUUUAUAUUCUGUGUUCCAGACCGAAAAAUAG